AUGUCGCAAACGCAGCCGCUGCAGCCAGCCGUCACCGCGACCGCCGCCCAAGACUUCAAGUUCCCGCAAGAGUACUUCUUCCCGGCCUUCUUCACGCGGCAGACCAACCUCGCCACCCGCCACGCCCAGCUCCGCACCUGGACCGCCCUCGUGCUCGCCUACGCCCGCCACCACCGCCUCUUCCGCCUGCGCCUCUCCGAGGCCGCCGAGUCGGACCUCUUCCGCAACCGCCGCCUCGAGCGCCGCCUGCAGGCCGCCGACAUUCGCGAGCUCGUCGACGCCAUGGUCAAGGACGGCCAGGCUGAGUACCUGACGGCGGGGGCGGGGGCGGCCCAUCCGGACGGUGGGCAGGACGUCGCCCUGCUGUACUGGCGAAAGCCCGAGGAGUGGGCGGCCCUCGUCGAGGCCUACGUCGAGGACACGGGCCAAAGGGGCAGCGUCCUGACCGUGUAUGAGAUCUCUGAAGGUGAUGCGACGCGCAAUACGGAGCUCCAUGGCAUCGACAGCGAAGUGUUACGCAAAGCGCUCAACGUCCUGGUCAAGCGCGGCAAGGCGCAAAUAUUCGGUCAAGAAGACUCGCUUGGUGUCAAAUUCUUCUGA